AGUGAUAGAUGUUGAUAUUUCUUAGGCAUUUCAAAAUUUGCUUUAGAAGAUAUUUAAUCUCCCCAUAUCUUGUGGCUUUGGAAGCACAUUGUUGGGACCUGAUAGUGUAACAUUUUAUUCUCUUGGAAAUCUUGUUACUGAUGUUCCAUAAAUGAAUUUCUGGUGACGGUAACAUGAUGCAAUUUCCCUUAACCAGGUUUUUGAUGUGUUUUGUCCAUUUACUUAAUCCUGGAUGCUAAUGCUGGUUAGCUGGAGAGUGUUCCAACUGAAAUCUUGUCAAGUAAUGGUCCUUGGAGAGGGAUACAGGAUGAUGGAGAGUGGGCUUCUACCUCCACAGGAGGCAAAGAAAGUUUACGAGAAGAAACUGAAGAGGAACCAGGAACAGAAGCUGAGGUCUCCAGUGAAAGCGGUUGUUGCCUCUGUGAAGAAAGCUGUGAAUAGUGUCACUGUUAAAAAGGCCAAGGCUUCAACAUCUCCAGCCUUGCCGGCAAAGAAGAAGUCAGUGGUGGAGUCAAAAACCAUUACCACGUCCGUGUCAAAGAAGUCUAAUAAGCGCAAGAGUAGGGACGACGACAGUGGCACCUCAGAGGAUGAUUCUGACGAUGACUUUGUUUUGGCCAAGAAGAAGGUAAAGAAGCCCAGAGCCGCGUAAAAGCUGGAAAGACAAAAAUAUUAGGAUACAGAUACACACUCCCACAUCCCAUCUGUGCCGGAGUGUCUUUGUUCUUAGCUUCUGUAUUUUUACUAUUUAGUGUGGUCAGCAAAUCACAUUCUGCAGUGGAAAAUUUGUGCCUUAUUCAGACACUAGUGAGUGAAUACUGAAUAGUGAUGUUCAUUAGUUUUUUCUCUUUUCUCCCAACCCAAAAGAAACGCCAAAGGAUAAGAGAGAUUAUAUUGAUUUCGCUGAUUAAUUAAUCUUCUUGUGCUUUUGCUUGCUA